AUGCCGCCAGCUAACUGCUCGGAGCACAGCGUGGGGGCGGAGGCGGCGGUGGCCUCGCUGCUGGCGCUGGAGUGCGGGCUGGGCCUGCUGGGCAACGCCGUGGCCCUGUGGACGCUCCUCUUCCGCCUGAAGGUGUGGAAGCCGCCCGCCGUCUACCUGCUCAGCCUGGUCCUGGCCGACCUGCUGCUGACCCUCUGCCUGCCCUUCCUGGCCGCCUUCUUCCUGCGGCACAAGACCUGCGGCCUCGGCCCCGCGCCCUGCCGCGCCCUGUUCUUCCUGUGGCCCCUGGGCCGCGGGGCGGGCGUGGCCUUCCUCACGGCGGUGGCCGUGGACCGCUACUUCCGAGUGGUCCACCCGCUGCUCAGGGUCAACCUCCUGUCCCCUCGGGCGGCCUGGGGGGUCUCGGGCCUGGUCUGGCUCCUGAUGGCCGCGCUCAACCACCAGAGCCUGCUCGUGCCCGAGGCCGAGUGCCCGGCGUCGGACCCCAGCACGGGCGGCCCCUCCGGCCGCGCCUGGCAGGAGGCGCUGUCCUUCGCCCAGUUCAUCCUGCCCUUCGGCCUCGUCCUGUUCUGCAACGCGGCGAUCAUCCGGGCCCUGCGGAGGCGGCUCCGGGCGCCCGGCAAGCAGCCCAAGCUGCAGCGGGCCCGGGCGCUGCUGGCCGCCGUCGUGGCGCUGUUUGUGCUCUGCUUCCUGCCCAGCUUCCUGGCCCACGUGGCGCUGGCCGUGUGCCGGGGCGCGGGCGGCUGCGGGGCCCGCCGGGCCCUGGUGCUCGCGGCCGACGUGGCCAGCAGCCUGACUGGGCUGCAGAGCGUGCUGAACCCCGUGGUGUACUGCUUCUCGAACCCCGCGUUCCGCCACUCCUACCGCAAGGUCUUCCUCAGCCUCCGGGGCCGAGGGCCGGGCACCCAGGCCCCAAGCUGCGACCUCAGGGACUCGGACUCCUGA